AUGAGAUUUCCCUCCCUACUGAUGACUGAGUUUCACCCAAGCUUGUUCAGGAGAAAAAAUAAGUCCGAAGACACUCCUGAGGUUGUACCGGAGACCAAGUCUACGUCGAUUCCUCAGAACACUCUCUACGAGGAGCCUUUGGUUUCACAACACCGGGUAAAGAAGAAGUACGUAACUAUAUAUGGGUUUACACCAAGGAAUCUCGAUGCUGUGAUCGACGCUGUUAAGUCUUGUGGGGACGUUUUAGAAGUGGAGUACGGGAAGAACUGGAUAAAUGUUUUAUUUGAUAAUGAAGAAAGCAUAAAAAGAUGUCUGAGAUUGAACACAACUAUGAUUGAAGAUGAGAUUAUAGGGGCUUUCCGACAAGGUGGAGGAAUUAUUGAAGACCACGACAUUUUUGUAAGGAAGAAAGGGGUUUUUACAUCUAUAAUGGAGUAUCUGUUUGGGAAUUAA